AUGAAAGAAACAACACAUCUUUUCUCGAAAUAUUAAUUAGAAUACAUACAAAAAAUAGGUGAAGGAGCAUUUGGAAAAGUAUACAAAGCAUUUGAUUAAACAACAAAUAAAAUUGUAGCUGUCAAAGUAUUUGUUAAAUUUUACUAAAGGUUCUAAAUACAGAUGAAGAAUAGGAAUUGCUUUAAUCUUUGAAUCAUAAAAAUAUUGUGAAACAUAUUAGAGGGUAUUGAUUCCAGUUUUCAUUACAUAGAUCAACCUAGCUCUUAGUAAUGGAAUAUAUGGAAGGAGGUUCAUUAAAUAAUUAUAUGGUUUCAAAUCCAAAUUUGAAUGAAGAGUAAUGCAUCUAAUUCAUAAAAUCUAUUCUUGCAGGUUUGAGUUAUCUGCAUUAACAUAAUGUUAUUCAUCGAGAUAUUAAACCUGGUUUUUUUUUAUUAUUAUAAAACUUUAGAUAAUAUCUUACUAACCAAAGAUUUAAUACCAAAGAUUGCUGAUUUUGGUCUCAGUAUCUAAUUUGAAAGCUUUGAUUUCUCCACUUGCAAGUGUGGUACUUAUUUAUAUAUGGCUCCUGAAAUUUUAUAAAACAAAUUAUAUUCUAAGGUAUAAGACUUAUAUAAAUUAGCCAGUUGAUAUUUGGGCUACUGGAAUUAUUAUGUAUCAAUUACUUUAGGGAAUUCAUCCUUUCUAUAUAUAAGAUUCAACAAAGCAAUAAUACCUUUAAAAUGUAUUAGAAAAACCUUUAUAUUUUAAAAAACAAAUCUCUUUAUAGGCCAAAGAUUUACUUAUUCGUCUAUUAAAAUUAGAUACUACUGAUCGUUAUACAGCUAGUCAAGCUUUGUAACAUCCUUGGCUUACUAAAUAAGAUAGUAUGCCUUUAAGUCUUUUUGAAUAAUUUAAAUUAUUUGAUUGCAAAAACAAAUUUAUGAAUGUAUUUAGAUUAUUUAGACUUAGAUAAUUAAAUUGCUGAUAUUUAUUCAAGAAUUAAAAAUUCCUAAAUUCUCUUAUGGAUACAUUUUAGGUUAACAAGGUUUCCAUAUUAAAUAAGUCCAAUAUAUUAUUGGAUAAAUAUAGUCUCCUCUCAAAAUUGAAUCUCCUUCUAUUUCAAGCUCAAAUACUUUAAAAAAAAUAGUUAAAAUUGAUUAUUCUGAGGAAAAUACACCUUAGAGUCUUCAAAAUGUUACAUUCUAUUAAAAAAAUAAAAAAUUGCAAGUAAAUCUUAAAAUUAUAUAUAGAAAUUAUCAAAUUUUUAUGAAUAAGCUUAUAAAUCUAAUGAAAGCUCUCUCGUUUAAUUAAGUCCUUAAAAACCUAAGAGAAGUACCAUGAACUUUUCAUAAGCUUCUCGAGAAUAUGCAGAAAUUAUGUUAGGAUAUCCUGCAUUAAAAGAUAAACGAAAAAUUUCAUAAAUAAAAUUAGAGCCAUUAGAUAGAAGAGCAAAAAGAACAACUUCUGUAAUGGUAAUUUCAAAUAAACAAUGA